CGCGUCGCUAAUCGCGGCCUCGGCUGUCAAUCACCAGUGAUUCCCCACCGGUACCCGCUGAUCACCGAGUAUUACCGAUGGGGGAGAGACCUGUAUAUAAACAAUACAGAUCUCUCCCCUGUCUGCUCCUGCACCCUGCUUUGUAUUGCUCUGCAUAGCACAGCCAGUGGAAAGCACUCACAAAGCACACAGUGAAACAGCACACAGUUAACCCUUUGAUCGCCCCACAUGUUAACCCCUUCCUGCCCAGUGCCAUUAGUACAGUGUCAGUGCUUUUUAUUAGUACUGAUCACUGAAUUGGUGUCACUGGGGAUGUCAAUGACACCAAGUCCAUUCCCCCCCAGUGUCAGAAUGCCCGCCGCAGUCCCGCUAUAAGUCGCUGA